AUGUCGUCGCGUCUGGCUGCUUGUGAGGCCUGUAGAAAGGCUAAAUUGGCCUGUGAUCAUAAGCAGCCGGUUUGUACGCGGUGCAGCACUGCCAAGGGGAUAUGUAUUUACAGAACCACGCCCUUCAAGCGGAAGAGGGCUGAAAAGCAUAGCCUAGAAUCAAGUGAAUCACCAUCUUUUAAUCCAAGGCGAAAUCCAUAUCCGAACCCCGGGUAUCUUGGAUCAUCCAGCCAUGCCGCCAUCUUCAAACAUAUUACUCCGGAUGGAGAUAAUGUCGGAGCUCAUCAGGUUAUACCAGAAGCCUUGAACUCGACUUUGUUUGGCGACAAUCAUCUAGUGCUACAAGGUGCGGAUGUUCUCAAGCAUCUUCUGACGACAUACAACCUACCUGCCAUGAGAGACCUCGUCACAUUCUGGCUAGCCAAAGGAGCAAAUCUAGCCCUGGCAGAGCCGUUCGUCGCACAAUGCACCCAGAGUGUGAGCCAGCUGUUCACAUAUCAUGACGAGAAUUGGCAUCUGGUCUAUGCAAGACGUCUCUUGCAGAAUUCAGCCCAGCCAUUGCAAUUCGACGAGACUUCCGAUCUCGCCAGUUUCUCAGCCCAAUUGUUGGAUCACAACUCCCGCUGGGAGACACUGGGUAUUUUCUUCGCUGCUGUCACCCGGGCUACUAUUGAUAUCGCCUUUUUUCCUUCUUUAUAUACCACCGAACAAGAACAAUAUACCCUCAAGCGGCUAUGCACGAAACUCUGCGACCUUGCCUUGGAAAUAUCUCUCUCACUGGACUGUUUAAACGACCUCCAACUAAUAAUGCAAUACGAGAACUUUAUCGUUCACUCCUACGUCGACGGAGACCAAAGCUAUCACUCCUGGCGCAAACUAGGUGACGCCAUAUCCUCAACCUUCGCCUUGGGCUACCAUGAAAACAUAGAAGCAAAGCCAGGGAUACCCAAAUUCCUCAUGGAGCUCCGCAAAACAGCAUUCGCACGCAUCUACUCCGCCGACAAGAACAUCGCAAUCUUCCUCGGCCGCCCACCACGCAUGAACAAGCGUUUCUGCCAUUUCCAAAUCCCAUCCUGCAAAAACGCCCCAAACUCACUGGACUGGACCGCCGACGCAGAAGCCGGGUAUGGAGCCGACACGCGCUGGUCAGCACUAUGUGCGUCACUCAAAGAGGAGAUAUGGGAGUUACUCCAAGACAAGCACGAUCCGGGAUGUGCCCAGAGAGCAAGCAUGAUCCAAGCCCAAGCAACAACCCAAUGGCAAUCCCUCCCGCCUCACUUUCGCCUAGAAGCAAGUCUGAAGCAAUGCACGCAGUCCCCCUUCCAGCGCGACUUUAUAGCAAGCGUGCGCCUCCACCAUCUGCACGUCCUCUUCCUGCAUAGCCUUCUCCUGCUGAAAUCCCCCACUGAACCCUCAGCCUCGAUAAUCAACACCGCGAGUCAGAUGCUCACGCUGGUCGUGGAGAUCAUCCUGCUGCGCGACCAACUCACGAAUUCUGGGACCGGGUUAAUUUGGAAGGUUGCUUAUUAUGGGCUUCCUGCGGCGGGGAUCAUGUUGCUUGCUAUGCUUAAGCAGUGUAUUCCGCGCUCUGGGUCUGGGUCGGUAUCUAUAAGGACUCGGGCGGUGCAGGAUCUAAGUGUUUUUGUUGCGGAGGUGCAGGUUGGGACGAUUGUUCGGCCUGGGGAUCCUAAUUUUGCGUUGCUUGAGAAGGCUACGAGCACUAUUCAGCGGUUUUUGGAUUCCGGGGCGGAUACGGGGAUUGCGGGUGGGGAGGGUGGUUCUGCUGGUGUUGGUGGUGGUGGACUGGGUGGUGGGGAUGUUGAUGAGUGGGCUGGAGGGUUGGGGGUUGAUUUGUGGGAUUUUGAGGCUGGAUUUUGGCAGUCCUUGGCGGAUCAUCCUUUCUUAGGGGGCAUUGAGCCUGGGUUGCCGAGUGUGUGA